UCUAGCCUAUAAUAAUCUUUGAGUCUCUGGUGUUUAGUUCUGUUUGGUGAAUCAGGUUAAAGAAGAUAAAAUGCAUGUAAUAACCAGCAGCUGUUUCCUGCUUCUGUGGAUGCAUACUCUGACUUCUGUGAAAAGCCAAGCAGCUGUAAACUGUAGAAAUCCUGUGAUUGAAGAUGGUGUUGUUCCUGGAAACGUUAAUGAGUACAAUGAAAAUGACGUCCUGAGUUAUACGUGCAAUCCAGGAUAUAAACGUGCUCAAGAAAUAGAUUCAAGAUGCACAAAUUCAGGAGGCAGAUCAGCGUGGAUCCCCACACCUGCAUGUGAAGCAAUAAAAUGUGAGCUGAUGUUGCCACCAGUCAUAGGAACCACAUACGAGCCUGCUUAUAGAAAUAGGUUUUCCCCUGGUGAAAAGGUAAGAGUGACGUGUGGGGACAGAUACUGGAUUUCAGACGGUCACAGUCGCUCAGCUGAGACUACUUGCAAAGAGGAUGGACAGUGGACUAUCAGACCAGUGUGUCAAGAGGUUGCAUGCAGCCGUCCCAGAGACACAUAUUUGUCGUACUGGAGUGAUUCUUGGUCUUGGCAGCCAAAAAAACUGGCUGAUACUGUCAGGUAUAGAUGUAGAUCAGGCUACAGGAGUACAGAUGGCGCCACCUGGGCCACAUGCACCAGAGAUGGGUGGGAACCUAAUCCACUUUGUCAAGAGAUUAAAUGUGUGAUGCUGUCUUACGAUAAUGCAGAUAUUAUUGGAGGAAUUCAGCCUGAAUACAGAUACAAUGAUCGUGUCCAGUAUAAGUGCAGGAGAGGUUAUGAAGGAAGUUUCACUCUAACGUGUGGGGAAAAUGGCUGGCGUGGAUCUAACCAAUGUACAGAGAUUUGCACAGUCCCUGAAAUACCACCGAGUCUAUUAAUCACCACAGAUUCACCAGGCAGUCAAGUAAUGCGAGGACAAUACCUAACAUUUACUUGUGAAGACAGUACCCUCAUUAUUAAAGGGAAUGCAACAGUUGAAUGUUUGGCAAAUGAACAGUGGAGCAAUCCUCUUCCAGCAUGUGAAGCUCCCCAGGGUUGUGGAAGACCACCACCUCUUUCAGAUGGAGACACCAAAACAACUACUGGGAACCAGUACCAACAUAAUGACAGGGUUGAAUAUGUCUGUCAGGCAUACUACGUCAUGGAGGGUGGACCAUUCAAAACCUGUACUGAUGGUGAAUGGACUGGAAAGAUUAGAUGCCUUCAACCCUGCACUGUGAAUACAGAGGACAUGAACAGACACAAUAUUCGAUUCAGAUAUUCAAGAGAUGAUAAGCUGUAUUCAGAACAUAAUGAGGUAAUCAAUUUUGUCUGUGCAAGAGGAAGACAUGCUGGCGCUUUGGGAAUGCGUCAGAGAUGUGAACAUGGUGUGAUACAGUUACCAACUUGCCAGUGAACUGUGUUUUGUUUUUUUUGUUGUUGUUGUUGUUUUUUUAUUUUGUUUGUUUGUUUUUUGGACUACAUUAGAUAAAGACAACCAGAGUUAAGAAUUAGACCAGUCAAGCACUAGUGCUGUUUGUGGUCAUUUUAAUAAAACCAUAUUUACUCACUAA